AUGGCGGAUCACAAGCAGCAAAGGAAAGGGUCUCUACACUCCUGCUUGUGGAGCAUGGGUACGACGGCCAGCGCAGCGCCACAAAGCGUUUCUUCGGCCCUUAGCGACAGUCGCCAUAGCACCGACAUGACUGACAGCCGCUCUCUAAGCUCCUCCCCCUUCCACACUGUCAGCAUCCACUCCGGGAAAGCCAAGUCCAUCAUCACCAACAAGGUCGCUCCGGUGGUCAUCACAUAUAACUGCAGACAAGAGUUCCAGAUUCACGAUGAAAUCCUCAAAACCAACUACAAAGUGGGACGGAUCUCGGACACUAUGCCGGAGCAUUACCUGGUGCAGGGCGAGUGCUUCAUGGUGCAGGACGUCUUCCCUAAAGCAGACGUCCUCAAAACUUGCAGCAGUUUCGGGGCUCCAAACUUCAGGCGAGUGCGCGGGCCCUUCCCCCUGUUCGGGAUGGGACAGCCCAGUGUGAGAGGGUUCACCCAGGUGCUACAGAGGCUCCAGGCUCAAGGGCACGAGGAGGUAAUUUUUCUGUGUCUGAGAGAAGAACCGGUCCUGUUCCUCCACAAAGACCAGGACUUUGUGCCCUACACUCCGAGGAAGAAGGAGAACCUCCACGAGAACCUGCACGGCCUUCAGAGAGAGGAGGCGGCCGAGAGACUGGAAAUCACCGUACGAAAAGAGCUCUACGACUUCGCCAAACUGAACGAAAACGUGUUCUAUGUUUACAACGACAUCGAGUUUUUCCGAGACGAGCCUCAGAAGAUGUCGAUCUCGUGUGAGGAGGACAUCCACGUGACGGAGGAGGUGUACAAGAGGCCGCUGUUCACCAUGCCCAAGUACAGGUACUACAGAUUACCUCUGCCCAGCGAGGGAGCACCAUUGGAGGAAGACUUUGACGCUUUUGUGAAUAUAAUUAGGGAGAGUCCCAGCCUGUCCCUCCUCUCCCGGGGCGACGGUCCUCUCCCCGCCCUCCUCUGCAGCUGUCAGGUCGGAGUGGGACGCACAAACCUGGGCCUGAUCCUUGGGACUCUGCUCAUGGACCGACUCACCGCAGACUCCACCGACACCGAAGUGGGGACAAACGGAGCCUCAGAGAACAAACCACUUUUUCAAGUCAUUCAGACGCUCAUCAACAAACUGCCCAACGGACAACAGCUGCUGCACCAGGUGGACCACGCGAUCAGCCUGUGCUCAGAAAUGCACAAUAUCAAAGAAGCGAUUUACGAGAACAAAAGCAAACUGGAGGGCAUCGGGGAGGACUACCAGAUCCAGGGAAGCAGCACUAAAGACUACUUCCUCAAGCGCACAAUGCAAAGUCUGGAGAAAUACUUUUACUUGAUCGUCUUCAACGCGUAUCUCCACGAACAGUUUCCCGUGGGCUUCAUGAGCUCCUUCAGUCAGUGGAUGUGCUCUCACUCCUGGAUCUACAGACUUUUGUCCAACAUGAACUUGUCUGAGCUGACGGUUUCUCCGGAGCUGGUCACGAAAGGAGCGAGAGUCCUGGUCUCGGAUGAGGUCAUAGCCCCAGAUCUUCUCAGCACAUUGAAGGAAAUGAAAGCCGCAAACUUCAGACGAGUCCCCAAGAUGCCCAUCUACGGCAUGUCACAGCCGAACACGCAGGCCUCGGCGUCCGUCCUGUCCCUCCUCACAGACCAGAAGCGCCGACACAGACACAUUCUGUGGGUGAAUCUGCAGGAGGAGUUGGUGCUGGAAGCCAACUCUCACAUCUACACUGUCAGAGAGGCGGCUAACCCCGAACUGAGGCUGCCCCUGCCCACGACCGACCCACGAGACAUACAGAGGUUGGAGAGUUCCCUGAAGGAGGAGAUCUUGUCGUGUCAGAAGUGGCUGGAGGUGAUGAUGGAGCAGGACAAACAGAUGAAGAUGUUCAAAAGCGUCAGAAGCAUCGACGAGAUUUUCACCGAGCACAAAGAUUCACACGCGGGACUGGUUUACAGGCGGAUCCCACUGCCGGAAUACAGUGCUCCCAGAGAGGAGGACUUUGACAAGCUUCUGGAGUCCAUAAAAAGUGCUCUGGCUGAAGAUUCCCACUCUGCUUUUGUUUUUAACUGUUCGAAUGGGAAAGGACGAACAACAACGGCUUCGGUCAUCGCCGUCCUCACGCUCUGGAAUUUUAAUGGUUUUCCAGAAAUUACAGACGACGAUAUUGUGAGUGUUCCUGAUGCCAAGUACACAAAAGGAGAGUUUGAGGUGGUGCUGGAGGUGGUGCGUCUCCUCCCAGAUGGACACAGGAUGAAGCGUGAGGUGGACAUGGCCCUGGACUCCGUCAGUGAAACCAUGACUCCGAUGCACUACCACCUGAGAGAGGCCAUCAUCAGCUCCUACAGACAGUCAUGGCCAAAGCUGGAGUAUUUGUUCUUGCUGGCGGAUGUGAACUGGCAUUGCCCUGGUCUCCCCCUCCCCCGCCGCUUCCCUGCCUCUGACCAGGUGAUAAACACAACCAGAUGUACCCAAGGCCAAAAGGAGGGAAUCGUGCUCCUUUGUCUGUGCCCAUCUCACCGCGGACGGAAAAUCUGUGUGUGGAAGAAAAAAAACCCAAGCAGAACUCACAGACCACAGAGAGAAGACAGAGGAGAGAGAAGAGGCAGAGGAGAGAAGGAGAGAAGAGACAGAGGAGAGAGAGAAGACAGAGGAGAGAGAAGAGGCAGAGGAGAGAAGGAAGACAGAGGAGAGAGAGGAGACAGAGGAGAGAGAAGAGGCAGAGGAGAGAACGAAGACAGAGGUGAGAGAGGAGACAGAGGAGACAGAGGAGAAAGAGGAGACAGAGGAGAGAGAGAGAAGAGGCAGAGGAGAGAGGAGACAGAGAGAGAGAGGAGGCAGAGGAGAGAGAGAGAGAGAAGAGGCAGAGGAGAGAGGAGACAGAGAGAGAGAGGAGACAGAGAGAGAGAGGAGGCAGAGGAGAGAGGGAGAGAAGAGACAGAGGAGAGAGAGGAGACAGAGGAGAGAGAAGAGGCAGAGGAGAGAGAGGAGACAGAGGAGAGAGAAGAGGCAGAGGAGAGAGAGGAGAGAAGGAGAGAAGAGACAGAGGAGAGAGAGAAGACAGAGGAGAGAGAAGAGGCAGAGGAGAGAAGGAGGAAGAGACAGAGGAGAGAGAGGAGACAGAGGAGAGAGAAGAGGCAGAGGAGAGAAGGAGAGAAGAGACAGAGGAGAGAGAGGAGACAGAGGAGAGAGAAGAGGCAGAGGAGAGAAGGAGAGAAGAGACAGAGGAGAGAGAGGAGACAGAGGAGAGAGAAGAGGCAGAGGAGAGAAGGAGAGAAGAGACAGAGGAGAGAGAGGAGAGAGAAGAGGCAGAGGAGAGAAGGAGAGAAGAGACAGAGGAGAGAGAGGAGACAGAGGAGAGAGAAGAGGCAGAGGAGAGAACGAAGACAGAGGAGAGAGAGGAGACAGAGGAGACAGAGGAGACAGAGAGAGAGGAGGCAGAGGAGAGAGACAGAGGAGAGAGAAGAGGCAGAGGAGAGAGAAGAGGCAGAGGAGAGAACGAAGACAGAGGAGAGAGAGGAGACAGAGGAGAGAGAGAGAAGAGGCAGAGGAGAGAGACAGAGGAGAGAGAAGAUGCAGAGGAGAGAGGAGACAGAGGAGAGAGAGGAGACAGAGGAGACAGAGAGAGAGUAA